AUGAAGUCGUCUCUCGUCGCCUACGCCCUCGCCCUCGUCGGCUUCGCCGCCGCUCGUGACUACGAGGGCAUGCCCAAGUGCUGCUGGCCCGGCCUGGACGAGUGCGUUCCCAAGGCUCCCUGCAAGGGCUUCGACGACAAGGUCUGCAUGUGCGGACCGGCGGCCCAAGCAGCCUUGACGAAGUGCAUGACGGAUGCCAUGAUGAAGGGCACCUGGACGUGUUCGGGAGCGGAGCUCGGUGAGAUGGCCGGCGCCACCUCUUCCUGCGCUACCCUCACUGCCGCUGCUCCGACCACGCAGGCCCCGACCACCAAGGCCAGCACCGUCGCGCCCGCCGUUACCACGACGACACCCGCGCCGUCCUCGGCUGCCGCCCCUACGAACGCGAGCUCGGGCUUCAAGACGUCGACGGCGACCGGCACCGCCUCUCCUUCGGCCAUCACUGCUGGCGCCAAUGCCGGCCCUGCUGUUGGUGCUGUUGCGGCUGUCAUGGCCGCCGCCAUGGCCUUCUAA